AUGCGGUGGGACAGCAGCCGGCUGCUGGGGGCCCGGCGCCCGGGCUACGGGACGCUGCAGCCGGACACGGACCCGACCCGAAUGGUAGUGAUUCCCAGUGAUUCCCAGGGGUUCCCUCUCCUCCAGGAGGUCACGGGCUACCAGCGCAGGACGUGGCGGGUGCUGCUGUGCCAUGCGGGCUCCGUGCUGAGUGCAGGGCUGCUCCUGCUGCUCUUCCACUGGAAGCCGAGCCUGGAGGUGCAGGCCAAGUGCGAGCCCUGCGCCCUGGGCCAGGCAGACUGGGUCAUCAUCAGGGACCGUUUUGGACAGUGCUUCACCACCAAGGUGCUGACGGAGCCGCUGGGCGAGGCCGGCCUGGAGCACCUCCCCGGGGCCCAGCAGGACCGCAGCAGCAGCGUCACCGUCACAGUGCCAGAUGAGGACGAGAGCCGUGACACCGUCCAGCUCCACGACAAGGACGAGAAGAGCAUCCUGAGGUAUUACCUGUUCCAGGGAAUGCGCUACGUGUGGCUGGAGCGGCGGCAGGCCUUCUGCAGAGUCAGCGUCCUGGACGAGGGCUGGACCUGCGCAGAGCUGCACCUGAGCCGGGCCGGGCUGCACCAGCAGGAGCACAGCACCAGGAGGAAGAUCUACGGCCCCAACCUCAUCGAAGUGCCUGUCAAGUCCUACGCCAGGCUCCUGGUGGAGGAGGUGCUGAACCCCUUCUACAUGUUCCAAGUGCUCAGCAUGGUGCUGUGGGUGUGUGAUGCCUAUUACUACUACGCCGCCUGCAUCUUCCUCAUCUCCACGUUCUCGCUGGGGCUGUCCCUGUACGAGACACGCAAGCAAAGCACCACGCUGCGGAACAUGGCCAGGAUGUCCGUGGGGGUGCGGGUGCGGCGGCCCGGCGGAGAGGAGCUGGUGGUCAGCUCGGCAGAGCUGGUGCCUGGGGACUGUAUCCGUCUGCCCGCGGCUGGGGCGCUGCUGCCCUGUGACGCUGCGCUGCUGACUGGAGAGUGCAUGGUCAACGAGAGCCUGCUGACCGGGGAGAGCGUGCCGGUGAUGAAGACGCCGCUGCCGGCGGGCGGGCAGGCAGGCAGCACCACGUACUGCCCUGAGGAGCACAGGCGGCACACGCUGUUCUGCGGGACACAGCUCAUCCAGGCCAAGGCCUACGCGGGGAGUGAGGUGCUCGCCGUGGUCACCCGCACAGGGUUCUGCACGGCCAAGGGGGACCUCAUCAGCUCCAUCCUCUACCCCAAACCUGUGAGCUUCAAGUUUUACAAGGACGCUGUGAAGUUCGUGCUGUUCCUCGCCAUCCUGGCUCUCAUCGGCACCUUGUACAGCAUCCUCAUCCUGGUUAGGAAUCAGGUCCCGGUGGGACAGAUCAUCAUCCGCGCCCUGGACCUGGUCACCGUCAUCGUGCCACCAGCACUGCCAGCUGCCAUGACCGUGGGCACCAUCUACGCCCAGAACCGGCUGAAGAAACAAGGAAUCUUCUGCAUCAGCCCGCCCCGGAUCAACCUGUGCGGGAAGCUCCGCCUGGUGUGCUUCGACAAGACCGGCACGCUGACCCAGGAGGGGCUGGACGUGUGGGGCGUGGUGCCCCUGGAGCAGCAGCGCUUCCUGCCCCUGGUGCAUGAGCCCCGCUGCCUCCCCGCCGGAGCCCUGCUCUACGCCCUGGCCACGUGCCACACGGUGUCACCGCUGCGGGGACAGCUCGUCGGGGACCCCGUGGACCUCAAAAUGCUGGAAUCCACUGGCUGGCGCCUGGAGAUGAUGGAGGAAGAGGAGGAGGAAGGGGAGCUCCCAGCCUUCCAGCAGUUCGAGAUGAAGGUCUUGGCUGUGGUGAAACCUCCGCCAGAGGAGGAGCAGCCUCGCGACAGGAGGCACCAGGCCCCCGUAGGGAUCCUGCGGCGUUUUCCCUUCUCCUCCUCCCUCCAGAGGAUGAGUGUCCUGGUCAAGCUGCCUGGGGAAGCCUCGGCCCACGCCUAUGUCAAGGGAGCUCCAGAGAUGGUGGCCAGUCUGUGCAGGAAGGAAACUGUGCCCCCGGAUUUCUCCCAGAUGCUCCGGCACUACACCACCGACGGCUUCCGGGUCCUGGCUCUGGCCUGCAAAGCCCUGGGCUCGGUGGCCACCUUUGAGGAGGCCCUGCAGCUCCCCAGGGACUCAGUGGAGAGCAGCCUGAACUUCCUGGGGUUCCUGGUGAUGAAGAAUGUCCUGAAGCCGGAGUCUGCUCCAGUGAUCCAGCUGCUGCGGAGCGCCAACAUCCGCCCCGUCAUGGUCACAGGGGACAACAUGCUGACAGCCCUGAACGUGGCGCGGGGGUGCCGCAUGGUGGAGCCCAGGGAGCGCGUGAUCUUCGUCACUGCCUCGCCGCCUGGCCACGACAAACCCGCCGCCCUCAAGUUCGUCCUGGCCGAGCACUCCCAGGGCGAGGAGCAGCCUGAGGGCCUGCAGCAGCAGGACAGCUCCUCCCUCCCAGCCCGGCACUGCCACUUGGCCCUGAACGGGAAAUCCUUCCAGGUGGUGUGUGAGCACUUCUCCGACCUCCUGCCCCGGAUCCUGCUCCGGGCCACCGUGUUUGCCCGCAUGCUGCCUGAGCAGAAGACCCAGCUGGUGAGCAGCCUGCAGGAGCUCAAUUACUGUGUGGGGAUGUGCGGGGAUGGUGCCAAUGACUGCGGGGCGCUGCGGGCGGCCGAUGUCGGCAUCUCCCUGUCCGAGGCCGAGGCGUCGGUGGCCUCGCCCUUCACCUCCCGCGUGGCCACCAUCGAGUGCGUGCCCAGGGUGAUCCGGGAGGGCCGGUGCUCCUUGGUCACCUCCUUCGGGGUCUUCAAGUACAUGGCCCUGUACAGCCUGGUCCAGUUCGUGUCCGUGCUCCUGCUCUACACCAUCAACACCAACCUGAGUGAUUUCCAGUUCCUGUUCUUCGACCUGGUCAUCACCACCACAGUGGCCGUGCUGAUGGGUCGCACGGGGCCGGCACCAGCACUGGGCGUGCAGCGGCCGCAGGGAGCCCUGAUCAGCGCGCUGGUGCUGGGCAGCCUCCUGCUGCAGACAGCCCUGCUCAUCGCCGUGCAGGUCCUCAGCUACUUCAUCACUGUCUCACAGAGCUGGUACAUCCCCCUGAACAGCACGGUGACAGCGCCCCAGAACCUGCCCAACUACGAGAACACCGUCCUGUUCUGCGUCAGCGGCUUCCAGUACCUCAUCCUGGCCGUGGCCAUGUCCAAGGGUUACCCCUUCCGUGAGCCACUCUACACCAACGUGCUCUUCCUGCUUGUCCUUGUCCUGCUCUUUGGCCUGAUGAUCUGGCUCACCCUGUACCCGCUGGGCUUUCCCAAAUCCCUACUGAAGCUUCAGCCCAUCGAGGAUUUCAAUUUCAAGCUGCUCCUCUUGGGCAUCGCUGCCCUCAACUUCUUCGCUGCCUUCGUGCUGGAGACCGCCCUGGAUCACGGCUUGCUCAGCUGCUUCCGAAGGCUGCGCCAGAAAAAAGCCUCCAAGAAGCUUUUCAAGAGGCUGGAGAAGGAGCUGAGCCAGCAGCAGCCGUCCUGGCCGCCCCUGGACCAGCCCCUGUUUGCCACACCCAGGAUGUCCCUGGCCAUGAGAUAGCAGUGCCAGCUGUGCCCUCUGCCCCAGCCCUCGGACGCUUCCUUAAUUUAUUUAUCCCGGAAAAAGCAGGGGUGCAGUGGGCGGGAUCCCUCGGCAUCACAGAUGUGAAUCCCACAGCCAUGGUGACCCCAUUGCCACGGUGAUCCCACAGCCACGGUGAUCCCAUGGUCACCCUUAUCCCAUGGCCAUACUGAUCCCACAGCCACGGUGAUCCUACAGCCACGGUGAUCCCAUGGUCACCCUUAUCCCAUGGCCGUACUGAUCCCACAGCCACGGUGAUCCCAUGGUCACACUGAUCCUGUGGCCAUGUUGAUCCUGUUCCCACACUGAUCCCAUGGCCACACUGAUCCUGUGGCCACACUGAUCCUACAGCCACGUUGAUCCCAUGGCCACGGUGAACCCAUGGCCACACUGAUCAUGUGGCCAUGCUGAUUCUUUGGCCACAGCCCAGAGGAGCAGUGGUGGAGGAGGAAGGGGUGAGAAGAUUCUGAGGAAGAGGAGGAUCCAGCCCCGCUCUUCCUGCAGGAUUCCCCCAUUCCCACGCUGGCCACCGUGGCCAGUUGGGCCUCUCAUGGCCGGCCCAGGCUGCCAGGAAGGAGGUCCCUGAUGUUCCCAGCACCCCCAUCUGUGUCACUGUGAUCCCCAGUCCCCUCUAGAUGUGUAGGAAGUUUACAGUCCCCAUUCUCAGCUUGCCAAGGCUGCUGCUCCAUCCCCAGCGCCUGGGCCCCUUCUCCGCUUGGAAUGCUUGGGCAGAGCAACUCUGUUGUGGGAUGGGACCUCUGUAGCAUUAGAGACCCCAUAAAUUCUCUAUUUUUUAACUCUUUCCCCAACGCCUCAGGCCAUAUGAGCUGUCAGGAAGGCGACAGCUCCGCUCGCGGGUUGCGGCCGGGGCUGUCACGGGUCUGGCCCAAUAAAUUAACUCUUAUUUUCUUGGC